AUGGCAGAAAUGCACAGUCUGCUACCGAUGGCUCUGGCGUCGUUCCCUGGCAGCGGAAAUACCUGGACCCGCUACCUCAUCGAGGCCGCCACCGGCGUCUUCACCGGCAGUGUGUACCGCGACCAGGGCCUCAUGUCCAAAGGCUUCUACGGCGAGUUUGAGGCCCAGUCUUGUGGCUGCACUCUGCUGAUGAAGACGCACGGCUACACCCUGGGGUCAACGCCAUCCCCAAAGCAACGGUUGGUCGAGGUCGCCCGCCACGGACGUCGGGCUGUGCUGCUCGUGCGGAACCCGUACGAGGCGUUCCUCGCCUACCGCAACUUCAUGAAGGGCGGCCACUUGCGCUAUGCCCCGGACAGCUACUUCAGUGGCAGUGGUUGGAAUUCCUACGUGACUCAGAAGGCGACUCUUUGGCGCAACUUCAACAUCGACUGGGUCAACCUCACUACCUCUGUGCACGUUAUUCACUAUGAGGACCUCAAACAGGACCCUGUUCGGGAGAUACGGGACUUCUUGCGGUUCAUCGGUCUUCCAGAGGACGAAGAAAGACUGAACUGUGUCACAAUGAAUCACGAUGGGCAAUUCAAGCGAAAGGCCUCCAACCAAGUGUUCAACAAGAGGGACGUGUUCACUCCGGCCUUACACGCGCAGCUGGACGCAGCCAUCGAUGCCCUCCAGGCUCAGCUGCUGGCGCGUCGCCUGCGACCCAUGCCGCUAGCGCGCUACAAGUACUACCGCACCAGCACCGCGACUGGAAACUAA